CUCUCUCUCUCUUUCUCUCUCGCUCGCUCGCCCCUCUCCGUUCUCGCGCGCGCGCUCUCUCCAGAUCAUCGCGCGUGCUGCUGGAGUACUGCUGCCGGAUCUUUCUCUCUCUUUCUCCCUCUCUCGCUCUCUCUUUGGAUCCCGUCUCUUCUUCCUCCGUCUCGCGCUCUGUGUUUCUCCUCCUCAGCGCCUCGUGCUCAUCCCGUCGGGACUCCAGCGCUUCUCUCCUUCUCUUCAUCCCUCUCUCCCUGUCUCUCUCCGGGCUGUGGAUGGUGCGGACAGAUGAGUGUUAGACUGGAGCUUUACGGGACGCGCCGCUCUUCUCCGUCCCGCGCCUGCACGGCGUGAAGCUGGGACGGGACGGACGGACGGACGGGAUGGCGCGCGCUUAAUCGCGCUCAGGAUUCUCUUUUGGUUUGUUUUUGCGAUUGUUAAUCCAACGCCACGAAGACCGAGCGCGAGAUCUGCCGCCUGCUCACGCGCGGAGGAGGCUUUUAGCUGGGAUUGUACUCAUUGAAAGGGAUUUACUAAUAAAUCAUGAAGACUUUUAUUGUGGAGGGCGGCCGACUCUUCUGCCUGGUGCUGUGGCUGAACCUUGUGCCAGCGCUGAAUGGCUGCCCGGUGAAAUGUGUGUGCUACAGCGAGCCGAGGCCGACUGUGGCCUGUCAGCAGCAGGGCCUGUUCUCUAUUCCCAGCGAAAUUCCAGUCCGCAGCCAGCGAAUAUUCCUCCAGAGCAACAAACUGACGGUGGUCCGUUCCACCAGCUUUAGCUCUGUGCAUAAUCUCACUGUCCUCUGGAUGUACUCCAACAACAUCAGCCACAUUGAGGCUGGGGCAUUCUAUGGUCUGGAGAGACUGGAGGAGCUGGAUAUUGGUGACAACAGCAAUCUUCGGAUCAUCAGUCCCUCUGCAUUCCGAGGUUUGACCAAGCUGCACACCUUGCAUCUGCACAGGUGCGGACUGUCCGAGCUCCCCGUAGGAGUGUUCCGCGGACUCUUCUCGCUUCAGUAUCUGUAUUUACAGGACAAUAACCUCCUAGCCCUGCACGACGACACUUUCUUGGAUCUGGCCAACCUCACUUACCUGUUCCUGCACAACAACAAGAUUAAGGUGGUGACGGAUCACAUGUUGCGAGGAUUGAUCAACCUGGACCGCCUGCUCCUGCAUCAAAACCGUAUCAUUCAUGUGCAGCAGCGAGCCUUCAGCGACCUUGGCAAGCUUGCUACCUUGUUUCUCUUUUACAACAACCUCACUAUGUUGAGUGGGGAGUCAAUGGAGCCUUUAGUGGCGCUCCAGUACCUGCGGCUGAAUGGGAACCAAUGGAUUUGCGACUGCCGGGCCAGGCCGCUGUGGGACUGGUUCAAACGCUUCAAAGGCUCCAGCUCUGAGCUUGAAUGCCACCUUCCAAUCGCUCUUGUGGGUAAAGACCUGAAACGACUUAAAAGCAGCGACCUGGAAGCAUGUGUCGAGACCAAGACCCGUUCUGGAAAGUUCCACUCCCUCGAUGACCCCUUGGGAGAGAGCAUUCCAAGGUGCUGUCUUUCAGAUAAUGACAAAUCCUCCAUCAUUUCCAGUAAGUCGCUCCCCGACCCCUCAUCUUACAACAGCCGCCAGAUUACAAACAACCCACAGAAAGAAAAGGAGAACAUAUCCAAGACGAAGGUCAGAGAAGCGGAACGAAUAAAGAAUGACACCCGUGGCAAGCAAGGAGUGAGCCUCAACGAUGGGCCACUAGCAACCCUUUCCAACCACCUCGAUCAGUCUCUGGACAAACUUAACCCAAACCUGCUGGAUGACCUGGAACCGUCUACGGCACCAUCCAAAAAGAAAAAAAAGUGCUCCAAGAAGCCUAAAUCAGACCAGUCAUGUCUGAAGGGUCAUGGAUCUACUCUUAGAGCGCUUGGCCUUCUCUUUUUCCCCAUGUUUUGGUUGUCCUUAACCAUGUCUUAGUUUAAAUCGGGGCAAAUUCUUGGAUCAUUUUUGCUCAUGACAAUGACACAGAAUACCUACAGUAACCUACACAGAGACUGUAGAAGGAGGAUUGUGAGCUUGACCCACACGGUUGAGAAUAAACAAUAAUUUACAAAGCUAAAGACACAUUUAAAGAAAUGGAUGCCUUUACAGAACCCAUAUGAUCUAAUGUAAAUAAAAACUCAGUGCCCAAAUGUUUGUUCUAUGUACUUUUAAAUGUGCUGUGUUUAAGCAACACCGCAGAGAGAGUCCUCUUCCCCUUUACCUGCAAAAGCUUACACUGAUCAGAAAGUGACUAAUGUAGACAACCCACAAAAAAAAGAAAAGAAAAGAAAGGGAAAAAAAAAAGUACUAAAAGCAUAAAACAAAACCAGAGAGCCGAAAGCACACAGGAAUGUUGCGGGUAUGAGACGAAGACAUGGUUUCUGUUCCCAAUGUUUUUUCUUCAAAGAGUGAUACAUUUGUUCAAUACUGUUAUGUUUUUUUAUGUUUAUAAGUAUUUCAGUAAAGACAAAUGUUUAAUUAUCCCCAAAACAUGCGGAGUUCUGUUUGCGUCACAACAGUUAUUACUGGCGUGGCGUUUGUUGAAGGAAUGCUGUCUAACUGUUCACUGAGAUUGCGAUGGAAUCAUAGAUAUGCAUUUUAUUUUGCUGGUGUACAAGCAUAAAUAUAUUACAAAUAAAAUCUCAUUUUGUAUA